AUGAAGUUUACAACAUUGGUAACCAUCGCGUUUGUUGUAGUCCUCUUGCCAUCUUUCUCAGCUGCUCCGACCCAGUCAACGGUGGUCGUAAAACCUAAGGGACCGCCAUGCGACCAUGUCGAUCUCACGGAAUGCGCGUCAGCCUUAGCUUCUAGACAGAAACCAACGGCAAAGUGUUGCGGGCGACUGAAAGCACAAGUACCUUGUUUUUGUGCUUUCCUUAAAAAUGCAAAUUUACGUAAAUUCGUUACUUCUCCCACAGCUAAAAAGCUUCUAGCGGAUUGUCGUAUUCGUUAUCCUACUUGUUGA